AUUCUGUGGCGAUCGUCGGUUGAUCGAUCGACGUGCCGGAGAAGAAGAGAGAGAGCACGACGCGACGAGCCGCGCGCGCCACGAGAUUUUAGCGGGAGGGGGAAAAAGAUAAAAUGGUUGUGGAGGAGGUCGCCGUCGCCGGCAACGAGAUGAGCCUGUCCAACAUGGUGCUCGGGUUCUACGAGGAGGCCGGCGACGGCGAGAGCUGGCCGGAUGGCGCCGCCGGCCUCGGCGACGGAGGCAGCGACGACGAGGAGUCCGGUGGCGCCGAGAGCAGGGCGUUCUGGAAGGAGCAGCGCUCGCAACUGCACGAAGCGCUGGCGAAGAUGAGCUCGGCGGAGAGGAGGAUCCAAGCGGACGCGGAGGAGGCCAUCAGGGAGAUGCACGCGGCGGGCGCCGGCGCCGGCGCCUGCUCCUGCGCGAGCCGCACGGCGGCGGUGGCGGCCGCCGGCUGCCGGGGUUGCGCGCUCCGGUUCCUCGCCGAGCGGCUGCGCGACGCCGGCUACAACAGCGCGAUCUGCAGGUCCAAAUGGCCGCGCUCGCCGGACAUUCCUUCAGGGGAACACAGCUACGUGGACGUGGUGGUGCCGACCAGGAGCGGCAAGGCGGUGCGGGUGGUGAUCGAGCCGAGCUUCCGCGGCGAGUUCGAGAUGGCGCGCGGCGGCGCGGAGUACAGGGCGCUGGUGGCCGCGCUGCCGGAGGUGUUCGUCGGCCGCGCGGAGCGGCUGCGCGGCGUGGUGCGGGCCAUGUGCGCUGCGGCGAAGCAGUGCGCGCGGGAGAGCGGCAUGCACAUGGCGCCCUGGAGGAAGCAGCGGUACAUGGAGGCCAAGUGGCUGGCCACGCCGUCGGCGGAGCGGGUCGUCGCGCCGGGCGCCGCCGCGGCGGUCGCGGUCGGGUCGCCGGAGACGGACAGGCAGAAGCUGCCGCCGCCGCCCAAGUUCAGGGCGUCCAUGCUCACGCUCGACUUCGGCGGCCGGACCGCCGUGGAGGUCGUGUGAACUAGCGAUCGAGUGUGUUUUUACUCUGUUUUGUACGACGUGUGUGUGCGGGUUUUUGACCGUGUUUUCUUUCAAAACUUCUGAACAGCAAUCUUAGCUAGGAUCUAAACUGAGAGGGUUAUGUAAUGCAAUAUAGCAUGGCCAUUUUGGUAAUUUAGAUGGCUAUUUAUAUGAUACCGAAGAAAUAUGAAUUAAUUUCAGGUUUGCUAUUUGCCAAUCAUUUAAAAGUUGUAAGCGAUCAAU